CAAAUGCAAAAGUCAAAAAUGGUAAAGUUGAACUGUGUCAAUCAAUAAUAACUUUACAGAAAUGAGACAGAAAUAAGAUACGAAAUAAAUAAAAACAAUACAUAAUAACCAAAAAAAUUAGUGGAAAUAAAUUCGAUAUUUAUUAAUUUACUAUUUAAGUAAAUAAGUAUUAAAACUCAUUGACAAAAUAGUUAAUGAUGAGUGUCCCUCCGCCAACGUGCGAUUGGCAGACCACCAGGAAAUUAGUGAAAGAAAGGGGCCAAUAUUUGCUAGAAACUGGCAUGUGGAGCGACUGUAGGUUCAUAGUUGGGACGGAACCAAAUCAGCAAGUGUUAGAAGGACACAAGCUAUUUCUAGCAAUGUCGAGUCCUGUUUUUGAAGCCAUGUUCUUUGGGGGAAUGGCAGAAAAGGACCCAAUUGCGAUCUUAGAUGUCCAACCAGAUGCUUUCAGAGCUCUACUUGAGUAUAUUUACACAGACAAAAUAAAUCUUACUUCAUUUGAUCAAGCUUGUGAACUUUGUUAUGGUGCUAAAAAGUAUAUGCUUCCCCACUUGGUGGAAGAGUGUACAAAAUAUUUGUGGUCAGAUUUGUAUCCUAAAAAUGCCUGUAGAGCCUAUGAAUUUGCCAAAUUGUUUGAGGAACCUAUGUUAAUGGAUAAGUGCAUAAGAAUAAUAUGCAAUCAAACUCAAGAAGUUCUUCAGGAGAGCAGUUUCGAUGAUGUAGAAUUAACCACCAUUUUGACAGUUUUUGAUCAGGAUGAACUGAGCAUACAUUCUGAACUAGAGCUAUUUUCUGCUAUCAGUCGUUAUGCCGCAAAGCACAACCAUAGUUCAGGUGCGAAAGUACCAAGACUAGAUGGUAUAGCUAACGCCACUAGUGAAGCAAACAGUACUCGUCCUACUAUAAGAGAUGCUAUAAUGAAGAUACGUUUUCUUACUCUCUCGCCCCAACAAUUUGCCGAAGGACCUGGAAAGUCAUUUUUACUCACAGAAUCUGAAAAAUUUGCAAUUUUGAUGAAUAUAUGUAGCCCUAGUUCGGCAGUCUCAAUGCCAGAUGGUUUUUCAACUGCUACUAUCCCUAGGAGAAAAAGGUUAACUUCUGAAUCAUUGGUUGUGGCUGGAGCUUCAAUGAUGGACACCUCUCGUACUUCUAUGAUCCAGUUUAAUAAUCCAAAUUCAGAAAUGUGUUCGGAAUUUUUUAAAAAGAUGUACUGCAGUAGACUACCCCUUCACAUAACGGAGUGUAUGAACACUAGUGUUCUGGAUUGUGCUGUAACUUUCACUUGUGACAAAAAUAUUUGCGUAUUUGGCAUACAGGUACCUGCCCAAGUACCUAUGGACGAGGAGAGAAUACCAGUGGGUAAUUUGUAUCCAGAAUUAUUAUACGCUCAUUUAUUGGACGCUGAUGGAAGUCGGUUGACAUACACUCAUUUCACCAGCAGAGUUAAUUACAGAUCCAUGAUUGAAAUAUCGUUUAAUCGUCCAGUAUAUAUUCAGAGAAAUAAAGUAUACAAGGUUGGUGUGGUUUUAAAUAAAGUAGGAUGCUAUCCCGUGGGGACUUAUCCAAGCCAAUCGACGUGCAGCGGUGUUGUUUUUACCUUUUCUCAAAAUCAGUGUGGUGACUCUGUUCGUGAUGGGCUAAUUCGAUCCAUCGUUUUCUCUAUUUCUUCUGGUAACAGUAUGAUUUCAGCUCUACCCGGGGAUCACUCAAAGUUGCAGAAUUCUAUUAAUUUAAUAUAAAAAUAAGCAAUAACAGAAUGACCUAAAUUUUUAGAUUUUGUUCCUAUUUUUUGACUUUUGGCUCCUUAUAUAUGCAUUUUUCAUGUCUUAUGUCAACCUACUUGAAUUUAUUAUUUCUUUUAUUUAAGAAACUUGAUUGGGGAUUGGAGAAAUAUUAGAUCAACUAUUAAAUUAAAUUUUUUCAAUAAAAUUUAUAUUAAGGUUUAUAUGGACCCCCGGAAAACGUAUCUACACUUUCAAAAUUUUUGAAAAAAUGUGUGAAUGUAUAUACAACCUUAAGUAUUAUUUUACCAAAAUUUGAUCCGGUUUGUAUCAUUUGUUCUCAAGAAAAAUCGGAAAAUUUACUUUUUUACAAGUAUAAAACAAAGAAACUAGACUAUCAAGAGAGAUCAUUAUUUCAUAAAAUAAAUUAGUUUUGGUUAAGAAACUUACAUAAAUUUUUUUAAAAUUUUUGAACUUGCAGAAAUGACGUAAUUGAAGAAUAUAUUUAUUUUAUUAACAAAAAUUAGAUUUAAACUAUAAAAAUGAAUGUAAUAUUCAAGAAUAAUUAUAUUUAAAGACAUUGACCUCAAAACAUUAUUAAGUUUUUUAUAAAUUUAUUGAAAAAUUCAAUUAAACAAUAACACUAUUUUGAAUUUCCUCUUUCAAAGUCUUAUCUCUGAGAGGUGCUGCCAUCUCAAUUAGUACUUUCUAAAAUUGCUCACAGAGAGCAUUAAAUUUCCUACUCAAACAGAAAUUUCGGAUGUCCGCGUACACCAACGCUACCAUGUUGCCAGAUCGAGUUGUAUUACUAAGUUCGCUGGAUUAAAUAAAUGUUUCUAUUAAUAAUUCGGUCGAUGCAAACGUACCUAUUCAUUUUACAGAAUAUUUGAAUUAUUUAAUUAUUAAAUGAAAGAUACAUUCUGAAUGAUGCAUGUGUUUUAUCAAUUAAAAAAGUUGAACAGAUGUUUACCAAAUAUCAGUAUUAUGUUAAUUGCAUGUUGAUUAGUUUUUGGUAGAAAUUGGAUCGUAGGACGAUAUUUAAGAAGGUUGGCAAGUAAAAAAAAAACGGAUUUUGAAAUUAAAACAACAGGUAUUUAGUAAUGACAUUUUUUCUGUUAAAAAAAUAUAAAUUCGUAAAAAUCUGAUUGGCUCAAAAACCAUAUUACCUUAGUAGGUAUUUCAUAUUUUUUUUAAAUAAAAAAAACUAUUUCUAUUAUAAAUAAAUUUAUUAAAUAUACCUUUUAAAAAUUCUUAUUGAUCCUACAAAAAAUAAAUCAUUGCUAAACAUUUACUUAGUAAAAAUAGUUAUGGUUUUCCUAAGGAACAAUUUUUUUCCAUCAGCAGUAGUAGAACAAAAGUAUUUAACAUGUUUUUGUGCAUUUAAUAGUGCAAAUUCUCGAGCUGAGUAAAAACACUUUACUUAAAAAUUUUUAGCAUCAUCUACCAAUCCAUCCGGUGAAGUUCCUAAGAAACGAUAACAUUUUUCUUAAAAGAUGAAUAAACCACAUUCAACAAAUGUAUUCUUUGUAAUAGAAGCAUAUGUUUCAAUUGCAACAGUUUCCUUAAGUUUAACAUCUAUAUCUGUAACGUGUGUAGGGUGGGUUAACCCACGGCACUUAGGCCUUACUAAACCCAUUUUACAUCUUCCUAAAUAGAUAGGCACCUCCUAGCUCGUGAGCCAGCCUACAGAUAUAAUGUAGUUGACAAUAUUGCCAAGAGGUGCCUUUCUUAUAUCGGCUGGUGUUAGCCAAUUAUCAACGAAUACAAAUCAUUUAAUAAAUGUGAGCAUCGAUCACUUGUAGACGAUAUACUCGAUGAUAUCAUCUUUUUGUUUGCACCCUUUGCAGAGUGCGGAUUCUGCCAGCUCCAUGACAUGGAGAUGUUUCCCUACUUGGCAGUGACCCGUCAGAAUCAUAUAAAGGGACAAUUCUGCUCGUGGUAUACUCGUUGUAACUUUUAGGGUCUCCUCCCCGGUUAUGACCACUCUUCUUGUUUUUUUUUUUUAAUGAAACACCCUAUAUAUUAGUAAGACAAUAACUCAAAAUCAAUCCCAUAUAAAUUAAUUUUAUUAAGUUAAAUAUUUUGGCCUUAGGACAUCAUCAGGUCUAAAAAUUAAGUGAUAAGCGCUAACAAAACACUACUAGGACGUUCCCAUAAAAAGGUUAAAAAAUACACGUGCAUGAUUAAAACCGAGCCCCAACAAGGGUAAGGUAGUUGUAAGAAAUAUCAUAUGUGAGACAUUUUGAUAAAUGUGAGAAUAUGGCGAUGAGUAGUGUUAGCCUAUAAGUUUCUUUAUUCAAAUCUUUUUCAACUUGUACAAUUUCUAUCAUAUUUCCCACAUAUGGUAUCUCUUACAACUGCCUUUUUAAUCAUACACGUGUAUUUUUUUUAAAUAUUUUAUGGAGACGUCAUUUUAUAUUGUAAGCGCUUAUUUCUUUAUUUUUAGACCUGAUGAUGGCCUAAUCCUGAAACCGGUUGUCAUUUAACUUCCUAAAAUUAAAUAACGUGGGAUUGAUUUUGAGUCAUUUUUUUAUCUUUAAGGUACAUAUUAGUUAGUUACUCUGUAUACUAUCACAUUUUUCUACUCUUUUAUACUAUUCGAUUUCAAAAAUGUAUACCUGAGGUGUACAUUGAAUCGUCUGGAAGUUGCUUUUUUUGAGCUUUUGUUUACGUUCUUUCUUUCUUUCUUUCUUUCUUUCUUUCUUUCCCUUUCUGUCUAUUUUUUUUCUUUCUCUUCUCACCUUUAAAAUUAUGGAUAGUUUUCAUUGAAAUUAUUUAAUAUUCAUUUAAUUAUUAAAUAGUACCCAACCAUAGCGCGCGAACGUAUCCUCCAGUCAGUUUUUUUUUAUUUCAAUUUUUUGUCUGCGCGAACUGAGUCCAUUCGCCAAACCACAUAGAUUAUAUUGUUCUAAUUUUAUACCAUAUUUUAAGGAUAAUGCGCUCACCCUAAAUAACUUUAUUUCAGUAAAGUUCAUAGUUGAGAAUGAUUGAGCGGACCAGUGGAAGACUUAACAAAAGCUCGCCAGGUCAUAUCCAUCUCUUAGCUGGAUCACUUGGGCCGUCCGCGCUCAACACCUCACCUCCCGCGGCUUACAACAUAAACAAAUAAAACAUAAUUAUAUUGAAGUUUGGCAACGUUCUUCGCAUCGAAUCAUAAAGAUCUCCCGCGUAAUCUAUUAUUGUGCUAGCAGUCUCUUUUGGCGGCGAUAUAAACUAACGAAAUAUUAUUCUAUCACAGAUAGAACCCUGUAACUUUAAUAAAUUGUAUACUAAAUUUGAUGCGACAGGUAGAGCCAUCUCUAGAGUCAGAAACGAGUGAGGAGGUGGGUCUAUAUAAACCUUAAGGUGUUGAAAAUUAUUUUUCAACAAAAAAAAUGAGUAGUAAUGUAGGUUUGUUUUAAUUAUUGAAUAAUGGUACACAUAUAUUUUUCAGUAAUGAAAAUUUUACAGAAAUCUGUAAUUUUAUUUUUACAUUUCUCAUUAUUGGAUCUGAAAAUUGAAAAUGAUUUACUAGGCAC